AUGGAAGAUUGCAAGGUUGUGGUAUGCCCAGCGCUGGUUCUCCGUGAUCACUCGUUCCUUGCACCGGCCGGUAGGCCAUCUAACGCAACAUACCGGCAUCUCGAUGUGUUGAGUGUUGAGUGUGAUGCUGGUCAUGUGACUAGUGAUGUCACCACGCUGCAGUGCACUAAGACCGGCCUGUGGAGCAGUGCAGUCCCAAACUGUACACGUGUAUCAUGCCUAUCACAUCCACUGGUUGUCCACGGCUCGGUAACACCAUCUCAACAGAACUACACGUACAAUGACACCAUCACCAUACAGUGCCAGCCGGGUUUCGAAAUCGCCGACGGAGUGAACACCGUGGAGCGCAGUUGCCAGGACAACAGGACCUGGAGCGGUCCACUGCCGGACUGCUCGCGCGUACACUGCCCGAUUCUGACCGAGCCACCGAACGGGUUCCGCACGGGUCUCGGUCUCGGCGCCAGUGCCUCGUCCAACACCUACCAGAGCGUGCAAACGUUUGCCUGUGACGCUGGUCAUCGUCUAACGGCCGGCAACCCGGUGCUGGCGUGUCAACGUGACAAGACUUGGAACGGCACACGACCGACUUGCACAGUUGAGACAUGCCAGCUGUUACUGAACUCAAACUCUCACCCAGCCUUGGGGACAUCGCCGUCGAAUCAUGACGGUUCUUACAACUACACCAGUGUGGUGUCUGUGGCGUGCAAUGUCGGCUACGAGACGACCGACAACGCAACGCUGACGUGCCUGCCUGGACAUCGGUGGAGCUCGCCACCACCAGUCUGCAAACCUCUAACCUGUGGCCCAGUACCCAUGGUCGGUAAUGCCACCAUUAUCACUAAUACCAAUGUCAGCGCUGCACAUAUCUACCAAGACAACAUCACGGUGGCCUGCAGCAAUGGCUUUGCAAUGAACGACGGAACGACAUCACUACUGAUUACUUGCCAGCUGGAUAAACAGUGGAGCAUUCCGGCACCGUCUUGCCGCCCCAUUCAGUGUCCUGAGCUGGGUCAGCCGGCCAAUGGGUACCGCUCCUCCAGUGACCUGACGUUUGGCUCUGUCCAGCGCUUUGCCUGCAAUCAGGGUUUCGUCCUGUCUGGUGAUACUGCGGUACAGUGCAAUGCUGAUCAGGCAUGGAAUGGAACUCUGCCAAUCUGCUCAGCAUUUCUAUGUACACCCACCUCACCAUCUUCAGCCACCGAUAGCACUGGCACCAGUGGUGAUAGCAACGGCAAUUCCACUCGAGAGCAAGCGUUCACUUGCCCGUCGGGCUUCAGUCUUGUUGGCGCGACCACACUGAAGUGCCUCUUGAAUGGCACAUGGAGUGCCCCUGCCCCGGCGUGUAUACCUCUAGCAUGCGCUGCUCCGAAUAACACCGGACGGCAUCGCAGCCUGACAUCGAGGAACCUGACGAUCACCGGCACCAUCGUGUUUGCCUGUGACACUGGCUACAGUACUAGGGAUGCUGUGCGUGUGACGUGCGGCGCCGACCAAUCCUGGUCUGGUCCAUUCCCCGUGUGCAGUCCAGUGCACUGUCCAGUGCCCGUAGCCGGUCCAAAUGUCAUUCUAUCCGUUCCACUCUCGCCCGUCUUCAACGGUGCACCGCUUGUUGCAGCGUGCGAGUCAGGGUACCAGCUCUCGUCUGGUGAUCUGAUCCAAACGUGUACGUCGAACGGCAGCUGGUCGGGAAGUAUGGUGGUGUGUUCGCGGAUUCUGUGUCCUGCCAUUGCGGCACCAUUGAACGGUCAUCUCCGCCGUGUGCAGUCCACGUAUGCCCAGGGUGAUGUGCUGGAGUUUACGUGUGAUCCUGGGUUCAGACUAGGUGGUAGCAAGCAGGCAAACCUGACGUGCGUCAAGCAGGGAAUCUGGUCGCAUGCAGCGCCACGCUGCGAAGUGGUGGACUGUCUCGUCACCACCUUGCCACCACAGCUACAUCAGCGACCCGCUUACUCACCCGGAUCCUAUGUGCCGUUCAACACCACGCUGAGAUAUCACUGUGAUGUUGGCUACACAUUGCUUGGUGCCCGCACACAGCUAUGCCAACAAGCUGGUCUGUGGGAUAAUGCACUGCCACACUGCACAGUCGUGGAAUGUCCCAAUCCCGGUCUUGUCAAUCAUAGUGUCAGAGUUGGUGAUGAUUUCACCUACCUUCAAACCGUCACCUAUUCAUGUCUGCCUGGUUACUAUGCCGACGGACCGACUCGUUUGGAGUGCCUAGCAACGGGCACCUGGACAACCAGCAAGCCCGUGUGUUCAGCCUACACAUGUAACACAAGCUUCUCCUCUCCAGCCAACGCAAUCACCACCACCUCCAAGGGAGCGUUCACGCCCGACAUUACCCUCUAUGAGGAUGACAUCAUCUGGACGCGCUGUCGCUAUGGUUACGCCAGCACCACGGCAACUCGGGCUUCCUGCCGGAGUGGUCGGUGGAUGCCGGAGUUCCGACCUGAUUGCCAGCCUGUGACGUGUCCCGGGUCAACUCCCGAUCUCGGCGCAAACGUUGUGCACCAGGGAACCGGAAACAGUUUCGGCGACGAGCACUCGUUCUCAUGCCUGUCGGGUUACGGUUGGUCAUGGCCGUUUGAUUUCUUCAACAUCUCCUGCCAGGCCGAUCGUCAGUGGUCCUCCACGGCGCCGGAUUGCGUACGCGUCGCCUGCCCACCGUUGCCGACCAUCGCGGACGGUGCGUGGAAGAGUGGCCGUGUGGGUGCAGUGUUUGAGGACACGACCUGUGCCGUGUGUCACAUCGGAUACGAGAUAACCGGCGGCGGAACGGCGAACAGAACUUGUCAGGCGAACGCUACCUGGUCUGGCUCUGAUCCGCAAUGCUCUCGUGUUCAGUGUUCUGCGCUGGCUCCACCUGCUAAUGGCGUGUUUUCUCUGAACGAAGGAAAUCGAUUCGGUGAUCGGAUACGAGUUUCCUGUAACGUUGGUUACCGAUUGAACAAGGCUGACGUGCCGUUGACUUGCCUAUCGUCGAGGAACUGGUCUGAAAUCCUGCCGGAAUGUACACACGUAACCUGCUCACCCCCACCUGCUGCAGUCUAUCCAGCUAAUAAUUCCUCCUCCUCCACCACCACCAUCGUCAUUUCAGUACCACCUUCUUUACCGGCCAGCCCGCUCUCAGUCUUCAACUACACUCACGUUCACACGUACAACUGUCGGCCGGGAUUCCAGCGCGUAGGAGCGGCGACGACAACUUGUGAUGCCCAGGGUCUCUGGAGCCAGCCACCACCUCUGUGUUAUGUUGCUACCUGCAAAACAUCUGCCUUAUCGGGUGCCAUCAGCAAUGGACUAGUGACAGGCAGCAGUCCCAGCGAGGUUGCCAUCAACGCCACGGUAACCUGGUCUUGUGAGCUUGGCUAUGAACUGGUCGGUCAGGCCAUGUGCUCGUGUCAACAGCAACUCGCUAACAUGUCCGGCAAGUGGUGCAGCAGCUUACCAUCUUGCAGACGAGUUCAAUGCCAGCAGUAUCCAGCAGUUGCCAAGGCGUUCAUCGUACCCAACGCACCGGCACCGCACUACAACGAAACGGAGCACAUCCACUGUCCGCCCGGCCACACGCUGGAGCCGGGCGGAGGGCGCACGGCCAGCGCCCAGUGUCGCGCCGACCGCACCUGGUCCUACGUCGCCACUGCUUGCCUGCCGUCGCAAUGCGCCGCUCCCCCGACCGUGCCCAAUGCACACUACACUGGCAACACGUGGGUGUAUUCUAGUGCAGUCACAUACACCUGUGACCAUGGAUAUGUGUUGACGGCAGGCUCUCAGGUCUUGCUUUGCUCGACGAAUAGCACCUGGAAGGGAGAGCUACCUAAUUGUACAGUUGUAACAUGUCAGAUCAGUAAUGUCUCAAGUUCCUACCCCGGACAGCACAACACUACCGGAGUCAGCCGGGUGCGGUUUGGCACCGUGAUUCGCUGGUCAUGCCAAGUGGGCUAUCGACUGCUGGGCUCUCGAGACCAGCACUGCACGGCGACUGGACGCUUGCACGUUGGACCACCAUCCUGCCAAAUUGUAACAUGUCCAGGCCUGGCACCCAGCGCUCACUCCCAGCUCACGGCCAUCUCGCCGAGCAAUGCUGUCAACGCAGACGGCUGCCUCGACUACCGGACCCUCAUCACCUUCCAGUGCCUGUCUGGGUUCGAGAGCAGCGACAACACCAGUGUGCGGUGUCUAGGCACGGGUGCCUGGAGCAACCCAGCGCCCAUUUGUAGACGCAUUUCAUGCGGCCAGUAUCCCCCGGUAACCAACGGUUACGUGCGCUAUCCAUCGCAGCACUACUACCGAGAUCUGGCCACCGUGCAGUGUAACCAAGGUUACAUCAUGCCGGGCCAGGCGGAGGCGGUGCAGUUUGAAUGCUGGGCCAAUCGCACGUGGAGCGGCCUGGUACGGCAGUGCACGCCUGUAACCUGCCCAGACUUGGGCACACCGCACAGCGCACGUCUGCUCUCCGGUGGCCUGACGUACAUGUCGGUGCGUGUGUAUGAGUGCAAUGAAGGCUAUCAGCUGUUUGACGGCACCACGGUUUCCGCCGUGGUGUGCCAGAGCGACAUGGCCUGGAAUUCAACUCUACCCAAGUGCAAAAUCAAGCGCUGCGCAGCCCUGCCACUGGAUACCAACACUACCAUGAUAACACACGGUAUGAACUCAAGCAAUAGCGACGAGUCGUUUGACUACGGAUCAAGAUUAACGUUUGCCUGCGAGGAUGGAUUUGAAACCAGCGACCCCGUUAGUGUGUUGUGCCGGGCCAAUUCUACCUGGAGUGGAGUUGCACCGGAUUGUCGCCGUGUAUCGUGCGAAACACAUCCAGCCAUUGCCAACGCGACGGUAACUCCCGGUGGCAGCACACACCUGUUCGGAGACUGGGUCGCCAUCACAUGCCAUCGUGGCUUUGAGCUAGCCUCCGGUGAGCCGCAGGUGCGACGCACAUGCCAGGCGGAUCGCCGCUGGAGCGGUGUUCAGCCCACGUGCCAGCGAGUCUCCUGCCCGGAUCUCGGCCAGCCGCCCAAUGGUUACCGUGCCAACAGCGCCCUGUUGUUCGGCGACGUCCAGCAGUUUGUCUGCCUGAAAGGAUUCGUGCGUUCCGGGGAUGAGUACAUCCUUUGCCAGGCCGACAGGACUUGGAACGGCACGGUUGCCAUCUGUUCUGCUGUCCAGUGCCGUGCUCUCACCGCUCAGCCAUACGGCAUGCUCACUGGCUCUCAAAACAUCUACAACACGAGUGUGGUGUUCUCCUGUCCAACGGGAUUCACCCUGGUCGGUGCACACGUACUGGCAUGCAUGGAGAACGGCCAGUGGAACAGCACCACACCGCGCUGCCUGCCUCAGCAGUGCCCACCGCCUAACAACACCGACGAACACCGGACGAGCACGUCGAACACUACCGUUACGAAUGCGAUCAUGUUUGCCUGUGCGGACGGCUACGUAACCGGGGACGCGUUGAGUGUGCGUUGUCAGCACAACCAGACGUGGUCCGCGCCGUUCCCGCGCUGUCGCCCGGUGAAGUGCGCCGUUCCGCAGCCCAACAGCCAGGUGCUGCAACAGCUGCCAACUCUGCUGGGCGAGUACAACGGAGCACCGCUGCGCUCGUCCUGCGACGUCGGACACCAGACGGUGUACGGCGACACGGUGCGCUAUUGCCUAGCGAGCGGCUCGUGGUCCGGUCGCGGUCUGAUCUGCUCGCGCAAGUUCUGCAACCCGCCGUCACCGCCCGCCAACGGAUUCCUCGGCGUAAAUCACGGCUAUCGUUUCGGCGACGUGGCCGUCUUCCGAUGCAACUCCGGCUUUGAGCUGGAUGGCAAGAAUCCAGAUAAUGUCACGUGCACCAGUAAUGAAGUUUGGUCGCACGCCUCGCCAAACUGUCGACCUAUCCAGUGCGCAGAUCCAGGCCAUACUGCUAACGCCGUGCGCAGUGGCGGGAACCUAUCAUUCGCCGAGUCGCUGCACUACAGCUGCCGGCCGGGCUUCUCCCUGGUCGGUGCCUCCUCCAUCACCUGCACGUCCAGUCGUACCUGGUCGGCGUCGCUACCCUACUGUCAACCUCUCAUGUGCAGCCCGCUGCUAGCCCCCAGCCACGGUGCUCUCAGUAGCGACAACAAGACAUUCGAUGCCAGCGUGGAUGUCACCUGUAACGCUGGCUAUCUGCUGGCGCCUGGUGCCGUGUCGCGACUGACCUGCACCUCGUCACUGGUCUGGUCACGUCCCACACCGUUGUGUAUGCCCAUCGAGUGUGGCAACUACGCCGUGCUUCCCAAUACCGCUGUCGUCAAACCACCAUCACUGACGUUCAACCAGACGGCACACUACAGCUGUGCGACGGGCUACGUCACGCUGAGCGGCAGCUCCACCCGCCAGUGCCUGGCCAACAAGACCUGGAGCGGCAUGGCGCUGAACUGCCACCGACAGCCGUGCAUGGACCCGGGCACCGCGCCCAACACGCAGCGGUUCGUCUUCUCCAGCAGCCCCGGCGGCCUGGCCUACGGGGACAGUAUACUGUACAGCUGUGUACGCGGCUACGAGCACAGCAGCGGGGGCCGGGUGCUCGGCUGCCAGGCGGGCGGCUACUGGAACGACACGCUGUUGAAGUGCCGGCCGGUGGAGUGCGACCUGUCCGUGCUCAGCAUCAACCACGGCCACAUCGAGCCGCUCUUCAGCACGCUGGCGUUCGGCGCAAUGGCACACGUGGUCUGCGAUGCGGGCUACCAGGUCGACUUGGCCGUCAAUCGCGUGGAGUGCACAGCGCUGCGUACCAUCCUUGAGCCGGUGCCGCAGUGCGUCCCAAUUUCCUGCGGCUCGCCGGUAUCCUGUAACAUCGGCGGCCAUCGCGUCGCCGACGGCAUGGUCAGUAUCGUGGGCACGUUCCUCUACCAGUCCGAGAUCACUUUCCUCUGCAGCCCCGGCUAUCGACUCAUCGGCAUGCGCAAUGCCACCUGCCAGGCUAACGGCACCUGGACAACGUCCGCACCGCUCUGCAUCCGCAAGCAGUGUCCGACGCCGGUGUCCAUCCUGAACGGCAGUUUCAAUACCACACACCGCGACUUUGGCGGUGCCCUUCACUUCAGCUGUGACCCUGGUUUCGUGCUGGUCGGCCCGCGCAGUGUCGUCUGCAUGUCCAAUGGCGUAUGGGGUGCAUCCAUGCCCUCAUGCCAACCUGUCUCCUGCGGAACGCCAGCCGUCGGCAACGCUGUGGUUGUCACGGCAACAAGCCUCGUCGUCGGCAGCGUGGCGUCGUUCUCGUGUCGCCACGGUUACGUCGUCAUGGGCACCACCCGUACGGUGUGCGAACACCAUGGCAACUGGUCGGACCUCUCCGCGCGCUGUGUGCCAGUGGACUGCGGCAUGGCAACACUUGCCGUCGACGGUCUCAUCCUGACACCGGCAGUGCCGGCGACUACACUGGGCAACAGUGUGAACAUCUCGUGCCCAGACACUCACAUCUUGGUAGGGUCCACACGCAAGCGUGUGUGCAUGCCGGACGGUCAUUGGAGCGGUGCAGCGCCACAGUGCGUCGCCAAGCUCUGCCAGCGGACCACCUGCGACGGCUGGUGUCCGGCGAGUACUACGCCCACCGACCUCGGCGCCGGGGGCAACCUGACCUGGUUCAGCAGCCCGGGGGGCUCGACGGCCCGCCUGGAGUGCCCUAACGCUCCGCCGGACCAGUUUAAGUACGCCUCUCGAGAGUGCAGGCGUACCGACAGCAGCAGGGAAGCCGCGUGGCAGCCGGCAAACCUGAACAGCUGUGUGUUCUCAUCUCGGCUGACGUUGCUGCUGAACUCGUCAUUGCAGACGAUAGGUAAUGACACUGGCAGAGCUCAGACACUAGUUCACGCCACCGUCCUGGAGACCGAUUACAGCGCCGAGGAGUUGACGCUGAUCUGCAACUUGACACGCCACAUCGCCACCCUGAUGUCGUCGCGGUACUCCCCCGACCUGAUCAACGACACGUUUGGUCUGUUCAGCCACAUGCAGACGCUGGCGCUGGGCACACCCGGGGUCACCUCGCAGCAGCACUCGGACAGCAUCAGCGACUGCUUCAGUCAGAGCAUCCGCGCCAUCAUGAAGGUGGUGCCGACCGCGCAGGGAGCAACGGAGACAUGGUCACAUGAGAACAUUGCAGCGUAUGUAGGCUGCCCGGAGCCAAACCGCGAUCUCUACUUCCACGUCGGCAGCAGCUCCGGAAGCCGACUCAGCAUUCAGCCAACAGUGGCGGGCAUACGCUCGGCCGCCAACCUAGACUCCGGUAUGGUGUUGCCGGCUUCGCUGUUCUACGGCGAGACCUGCGCCGACUUGACCACGGCCAUCGUUGUGACCCGCAGCAGCGUGUUCUUCCGCAGUAGCACACAAACGAACCUGCCUCUCUUCAGCUCUCUGAUCUACGACGUGAACAUCGGCGAUCGCAGGACAAUACGUCUGAUGAACAACGACAUCAAGCUCUUCUUCACGGAUGUGCUCAGCCCGGUCAAAUACCCAGCGAAAUCAUAUCGGUCAAGCUGUCAAAGUCGAUCAGAUUCGCGUCCCUUGGAGAUUCGUGAUCUGUGGAGUACUGAAGGCUGCUCUGUGAGCAAUGUAGCCGAGAACAAAACACACCGCGUCGUCAGCUGUGCGUGCAGUCAUCUCUCUUCGUUUGCAACAUCUCUGGCACCAGCUCGCUCUGCAGCAGUCGCUGUGGAUCACAUUGAACUGAUCGUGUUCCCCGCCUCGCUUGCAUUCCUACUCUUCACCUUUUUACUGAUCCUGUGCAAGCGGAAAGCACGCUCACAGACACCUGGUCGUUCAGUGCUGGGAGUUGCCGCCAGCAUCUUCCUGGUCCAAGCCAGUCACCUGGUUGUUAUCACGGGACGCUUCAACGGAGAAUCCUGCAAGGUGUUCUCACUAUUCAUCAACUACUGGCUGCUCGUGGCCCUUGGCUGGAGCUCGGUGCUUGUCAAGCACCUGCACUCUUCUAUAGUGUCUGCUGAUAAGGCUCUCACUCCCAGCCACACACUGAGAACCCUGGGUAUCGUCUUUGGUAUUCCCGGUGUGCUGGUGCUCUUCGAAGCUAUCGCUACACAAUCAUCUUCUGCUCAUUACGUUGAAAAUAACUUAUGCUUCCUCGGAGGCGUACCAUCAUUCUGCAUCUUCUACGUGACACCGUUCGCCGCAGUGCUCUUCUUGCAGAUUGCGCUGGCCGUCUCGGCCGUCAGCAAAGGCCUCUCCAAGUCCAUAAUCGGCUAUCGCGCAAACCACCGGCUGAAGCUGCUCAUCCGCGUGGUUCCCACGCUGCCGUUCUACCUUGGCAUUACCUGGUCACUGGCGUUCUUCGUCGGCUCUGGCGAGGCCAAACUGCGCUUGCUGUUCACCGUUCUCAACGCACUGCAGGGCCUCUAUGUUCUAGUUCUCUGUUUGCUGACCCUGCGCAACACCACACAAGAGAACGAUGCGCUGCACGCACAGCUGUUCAACCAGCUGCUCAGCAAGAAGACGUCCAGCAAGGCCGACUCCAGGGAAUGCAAGGAGAGCGUGUUCUCCCGCGUCACUCUCUCCCCCAAGUCCAUGCAACGCCGGGCGGCAAUGUCGUCGCAAGAGGAGAUGGAGGGAGGCAUGAAGACCCCGCCACCAACGCCUAAAAACAUCCUGUACCAGUCGGACGAGUACUUCACCAACUCACUGGCCAUUGCGUUUGGCAAACCCAUGGAAUGCUAUUCACCAAUAUACGCACGCACCAACAGCACAGCAGGUGAGCUCGACGACGUACCCGAGGCUGUGCCGGCCGCCCGAAGCAAAGCAUCACUGUUCACUGUGGCACGCGACGCCCUCUCGAGCCGCCUGACGCCCAGCCAGAGCUCGUCACAUUGCAAGAGUACGACGGCGUUGGGGCAACUACGAGAAGGAGUGCCUGAUGGCCACCAGCGAGAGCCAUCUGCCCUUCACGGCCAUGCAUAGCUUCUCGGUGGGCAGUGCCGGGACGCUGGGCCAGUCCUUCAGCAACGUGGACAUGA